CGCAUGCCAGUCUAACACGUUCUAUAGCUGAGAACACUUUUUUUGGUUUAGCGUUACAUCAUAGCCUAGUGAAAUGAGUGCAUUGAAAAGAUCAUUGCAAAUGGCUUACAAACGCAGGAAAGACAGCAAUAUCAGUUUUGUGACAUCCCAGACAGAUGAUAAAAGCAUCCUUACUGUUCACGAGGAGCAGCCCGGGAAAGAUGAGCCUAUCGAUGAAGGAGUUUGCAGCAAGUACAGAAGCUCUGGAAUCUCAGAAACCUUCACUGUGGAAGAAGCAAUUGAGGCUAUCGGUUUCGGAAGGUUUCAGUGGAAACUCUCAAUGCUAACAGGAGUUGCGUGGAUGGCCGAUUCUAUGGAAAUGAUGCUCCUUAGUAUUGUAACUCCUCAACUGCGCUGUGAGUGGAGGCUCUCGAGCUGGAAAGUGGCAUUCAUAACAGCGAUAGUGUUCAUUGGAAUGAUGGUCAGCUCCUCACUUUGGGGGAACAUUUCAGAUAAAUAUGGCCGAAAAGUGAGUUUAAUACUGUGCCUGCUGUGGACAUUGCACUAUGGGCUUCUCAGUGCUUUCACACCUGUUUACAGCUGGAUCUUAGUCUUGCGAUGCCUCGUGGGAUUUGGCCUAGGAGGAGCCCCUCAGUCAGUGACAUUAUAUACUGAAUUCCUCCCAAUAAAAUCCAGAGGGAUAUCUAUAAUCCUGUUAGGGGUGUUCUGGGCCUUGGGUGCUGUGUUUGAAGUGUUACUGGCUAUGGUGGUCAUGCCCACAUUAGGCUGGAAAUGGCUGCUAGCUUUCUCCACCUUUCCUCUUGUUAUCUUUGCUGCCUCCUGCUGUUGGUUACCAGAAAGUGCUAGUUUUGAUGUACUGAGGGGCAGAGAAGACAAGGCCCUGGACACUUUGAAAUAUAUAGCAGCAGAUAAUAGGAGCUCUGUGCCUACUGGAAGACUUAUAGCCAACACUCAGACUGAGCGUGGGAGAAUUAGAGAUCUUUUUAUUCCAGAAUACCGCAAAACGACACUUUUGGUCUGGGUUAUCUGGUUUUGUAAUGCUUUUUCAUAUUAUGGUAUUGUGCUGCUGACCACUGAAAUGUUCCAAGCAGGAUCUGUGUGUAGUGUGUCUACUGAUGACUCAAAUAUGGAACCUCAGUGCAGUUUGGAGUGCAAUUAUCUGACUUUUAAUGAUUAUAUGGACCUUCUGUGGACUACCUUAGCAGAAUUUCCAGGUAUUCUGGUCAGCCUGUGGAUGAUUGAUCGAAUUGGCCGGAAAAAAAGCAUGGCAAUUUGUUUUUUAUUGUUCUCUGUAUCUAUUUUGCCAUUGUAUGCCUGCACACAUAGGACAGUUCUCACAGUCUUUAUUUUCAUUGCUCGAGCCUGUAUAACAGGGGGCUGGCAGGUUGCAUAUGUUUAUACACCUGAGGUUUUCCCUACAGCAACCAGAGCUAUUGGUAUUGGUACAGGGAACGGGAUGGCUUGUGUUGGAGCUCUCAUCACACCAUUUAUUGCUCAGGUCCUUCUGAAGUCAUCGGUUUACCUGACUGUCUCUGUGUAUUUAAUAUGUUGCUUGCUGGGCACAGUGGCAUCCUUGCUAUUGCCCACUGAAACAAAAGGGCGGAGUCUCCAGGAAUCAACGCAAAGCACCAUGGAACAAAAAAACAUGGAAAGGCCGCAUGGCUCUGAGACUGCCGAGUCCUCCAGCAAUACUUGUCCUUAACAGAACAUGGAAAACUG